CUCUCGGUCAAGUGCACGUUUUUUCCUUCAGUACUGAUUUAGUUGCGACCGGUUACAGACUAGCGCCGUCAUAUAGAUUGCGCACGUUGGGGUGUACAACAUUAGCGAUCAAACUCAUUGCUCACCGUCGAUCACGUCUGGAACAGCUUAGAAAUAACACACGAAAUGGAAAAUCAUUCAAAUUCAUCACCUAUCGCAGAAACUAAUGGACAUGGUGAAUCUACUAACGGUGUGGACAACCAAAUUCCGGAUCUACCACAAUAUCUGUACGCGGCACUUAAGCAACUAGCCCCAAAGGAAGGCUUUACCGAGGGUAACUUUUCAAUUGCGUUUGAUUUUGGAUCCAGCAAGGGCGAUGGGUUCGUAGGGCAGAUGUUCAAGGCCACUAUCAGUGAGGGGACCAGGAACGAAGUGUACUUGUGCAAGAUUCCACCAAUUGAUGACGCUAGACGCGAGCAGUUUGGUUCGAUGGCAGCAUUUGCUCGGGAGGCGCUGGUGUACGAACGCUUUAUACCAUCCAUCUACGAUUACCAGCGGGAGAAAGGUAUUCUAAGCCCGGAGGAUGGAGGUUUCUUUCAUACGCCACGCUGUUACUACGCGCAUUGCGAUGAAGUGGCCCAGGAGUCGGUCAUCAUUAUGGAAGAUCUUCGACUACGCGAUUUUCGGCUGUGGAGCAAGCAUAAAAUAAUCGAUUACGAUCAUGCCAGAAUGUUCAUGACACAUCUAGGCCGUUUGCAUGCCAUCUCGCUUGCGAUGAAGCGUGAUCAGCCGGAGCGCUUUGAGCAGUUCAAGCUAUCGAACCCGUUCGAUCCGAUGCUAACAGCAGAUGGUCCCUUUCGAAACAUGAUCCUCUCGCAGCUGCAAAUGGUUAUCGAUGCACUGGACGAACAGGACACGGUCGAACGGGCAAAGAUGGAGCAACUGAAAGAGGAGGUGUUCGAUGAGCUGCUACGUUGUGGCACGGCGCAGCUGGCUGAACCAUACACGGUUGUCGGACAUGGGGAUUGCUGGACGAACAAUAUGAUGUUCCGCUAUGAGGACGGAAAACCUCAAGAAAUCAUCCUGUUCGAUUGGCAAGUGAUGCGAUACGUCACACCUGUACAGGAUAUCGUGUACUUCAUCUUUUGCUGUACUGAUGAAGAAUUUCGUCGAAAGUAUUAUCAUGAGAUGAUUGACAUCUACUACCGUUCGCUGUCGACGAUGUUGGCAAAGCUGCAGCAUGACGUCAGUGAGCUUUUCCCACGUUCAGCACUCGAUGAGCAGCUGCGUGUCUUUGGUCGCUAUGGUAUACUAAUGGGUAUGUUCUUGGUGCCGAUGAUGUGUACCAAGAACGAGGAACUACCCGACAUUGAGGCAAUGGCACAAAAAAUGGCUACAACGCAACAGUUGAAUGAAAGUUUCUUCAAAACUACGGAAUCAAAUCAGGAUACGUACGCCACACGCAUGAGGGCCGUCGUGAAAGAUUGCAUACGGUAUGGAUAUUUCUGAAUAUAUUGAUAGUGUACAAUAAUCGAUUUGUAACCCAAUUUCCAAAUAAAUAUAUUGAAACGCAAACUGUUAUACGAUCA